AUGCUUCGUUUUAUUACUGAUUUUCAAAGAAAACGACUCGAAAGAAUUUCAACAACUGUCACCAAUCAUGCUAUUGUCCACAGGUAUCAACAAGCUUCGACUGGAAUGAAAGGACCUCACAAAAAUCAUCUCUUUUUCCACAAAGUAAAGAAAAUUUCGAAACAAUUAUUUUCCAAGGUUUCUAAGCCUUCAUUGAAUCAUGAGUUGGGCACAGAUACCUCGAACGCUGGCGAAUCACAAAGUAAUGGAGAAGUUCUUCAUAAUGGUGGGCCCUGGGAGGAAGAGGAAGAAGAAAGGACAUUCAAUAGAUUUCAAGACUUGCCAAUUGAACUAAGACUUGACAUUUUGGAAUUGUACCUCGAAGAACCACGCAUUACAACAUUGAAUUUCGUUUCAUCUGAUCUUCUACAACAUCACUAUAUGUUUGGAAAGAGCUUUCGUCUUACGUGCGGUUCCUUGCCACCAAUCCUAUGCCUCAAUCAUGAAUACCGGGAUAUGUUUCUUGAUAGGUUCACCAAGCCAGGAAUCACCAGAUCGCAUACCACUUUAAGCAUUGAGGAUGCAUUAAAGAUAAUUGCCAAUGAGAAACGCAAUACCGUCCUACGUGAUUCAUUCACCGAUGGACCGCCGAGUGCGUUUCCCAUUUAUUCAACGCGUACGCACAGAAACAUAAUUUACAAUCCUCAAGACAUCAUAUGGAUCCAAGGAGAUUUUUGGCUCGACGAACUACGAAGAUCAGCACUUGCUCGCUCAGCUUUUCAUAACCUUAAAUAUCUCGCGAUUCCAUACAAAACACGACGAAAAUCUCUUUUUGAGCUGGAAGACAUGCUGAAUUUCCUCAGUUGCAUAAUAUCGACGUUUGAAAAUCUCCAGGGUAUCAUGUUGGUACUAGAAGUCGAAGACGUAGUACCAGAGAGACCAAUUUACAAUGGCGAGAUACAAUUUUAUGCUCCAGAGAGAAUUCGAAUGGUUUCUAGUGUUCCCCAUGAUGCUUCUGUUAAAUCCCGGAAAUCUCUCGCUCAAUAUUGGAGGAAGGCAUUAGGCAAGCCAGUGGCAUCGCCAGAAGUAGAACCACUUACUGAGUACUGGUCAGCAAGACGAUUGGCAUCAGAUGCGUGGCUGAUACUCGACUUUAUUAAGUCGCGGGCUAUUGAAGCUGGGAAUCGAGGUUUUUCUGUUACUCCCUGGGCAGAUCCAAGCGAGGUAGAAAGAUGGGAGAUACCGUUCAUUCAAGUGGUCACUGCAAGUCUAAGUACAUCUAAAGGUGAAAAAGAUAUAGUGCCUACAAUCAGAAUAGAGGAUUGGAAUGAGGAAUAG